CGGGGGCGGCGGGCGCCGCACUCGCUGAGGCCCGACGCAGGGCCGGGCGCGCCCAGGGCCGGAGCGCAGCGGCCGGAGCGGCCCGGAGGCGACGCCGGGGCCGAGCGCGCGACGAGCAGGUGGCGGCGGCUGCAGUCAGGUGAUGAGGCCGGUCAGUAACCCAAGAGGCAUUUGAGAGGAAAACCACCGCCACCCCCAGGGCCGCCCAGAGCACCCAGGUCGGUUGAUCCUGCCCGAGGGUCUCAGGAAGGAAGGAUGAUCUAGCAGUUGAAGCUACCUUGAAAAUAUUGUGCAGGAGGCAGGCGAGACUUGGUGGACUGGGGCCCAGAAACCCCCACUGAAGACGAUAGAAACAGGCCUUCAAGUUGGAAACCUCUGAGGACGAUUGCUGACCCCGCUGACCCUGCUGACCCUGGGCCGCGGACGGCCGUUCUCAGUGAAGGGCCCUGCACUCGCUACUGAGCUGUGGCCAUGGGCCUGCUUGCCUUCCUGAAGACCCAGUUCGUCGUGCACCUCCUCAUCGGCUUCGUCUUCGUGGUGAGCGGGCUGAUCAUCAACUCCGUCCAGCUCUGCACACUAGUCCUCUGGCCCGUGAACAAGCAGCUGUACCGCCGGCUGAACUGCCGCCUCGCAUACUCGCUCUGGAGCCAGCUGGUGAUGCUUCUGGAGUGGUGGUCUUGCACGGAGUGUACCCUGUUCGCCGACCAGGCCACGGUGGGCCACUUCGGGAAGGAGCAUGUGGUCAUCAUCCUCAACCACAACUUCGAAAUCGACUUCCUCUGUGGGUGGACCAUGUGUGAGCGCUUUGGCGUGCUGGGGAGUUCCAAAGUCCUGGCUAAAAGGGAGCUGCUUUACGUGCCCCUCAUCGGCUGGACGUGGUACUUCCUGGAGAUCGUGUUCUGCAAACGGAAAUGGGAGGAAGACCGGGAUGCCGUCAUCAAAGGGCUGAGGCGCCUGGCCAGCUACCCCGAAUAUGUGUGGUUUCUCCUGUACUGCGAGGGCACGCGCUUCACGGAGAAGAAGCACCGGGUCAGCAUGGAGGUGGCCGCCUCCAAGGGGCUGCCCGUCCUCAAGUACCACCUGCUGCCUCGGACCAAGGGCUUCACCACCGCGGUCCAGUGCCUCCGUGGGACAGUCGCAGCUGUCUACGACGUCACACUGAACUUCCGAGGAAACAAGAACCCGUCUUUGCUGGGGAUCCUCUACGGGAAGAAGUACGAGGCGGACAUGUGUGUGAGGAGAUUUCCUCUGGAAGAGAUCCCGCUGGAUGAAAAGGAAGCGGCUCAGUGGCUUCAUAAACUGUACCAGGAGAAGGAUGCGCUGCAGGAGAUGUAUAACCAGAAAGGUGUGUUUCCGGGGGAGCAGUUCAAACCCGCCCGUCGGCCGUGGACACUCCUGAACUUCCUCUUCUGGGCCACACUUCUCCUGUCUCCUCUCUUCAGCUUUGUCUUAGGCGUCUUUGCCAGUGGAUCCCCCCUCCUGAUCCUGACGUUCCUGGGGUUUGUCGGGGCAGCUUCCUUUGGAGUCCGCCGACUAAUAGGAGUGACUGAAAUAGAGAAAGGCUCCAGCUAUGGAAACCAAGAAUUUAAGAAAAAGGAAUAAUUAACGGCUGUGAUUGAACACACAUAAACCUGACGGUGGUAUCCAAUUAACUCAAUUAAAAACAGAACAACACACACAGAGCGGGGGGGUAGGAAAAAAAGACACUUAGAAACUAUUUUUCUUAUUAACUGGUGACUAAUAUUGACCAAUAAAACUUGAACCGAGAGCAAAGCAGUCGGAAGGCCUGCAGAUGGAGACAGACGCCAGCCUGGCACCUGCGCGUCCGCUGCCGGCAGAGCGGCCCGGGGGGGGACCCGCUCCCGGGACAACGGGUCUCACCCCUGCCAUCCGUCUAGAGCUCUGCCUGACUGAGGCAGCCUCUGGAUGCUUUCUCUUCUCACACUUAGAUCCAGUUUUUGGUUUUUAAUCUGUUAUCUCGGGAGUUUCCCCCUGCCCCUCGCCUCCUCCCCUGUUCUCCCUGCAAACUCUCCUCCCCCGUCUCCCCGGGGACGGUGUGCCUGGGUCCCGGGGUCCCCAGAGCACCCGCUGGUCCCGACCUGCUGGCGCCUCGAUUCCAGGCGAUGGGGGCGGGGCUCGGGGGCGUCCCCUCGGCGAUAAGCACACUGGGCGGGGCUGGCGGCGGGACACGCCCCCUGGUCGUUUCCGGAGCGUCCUGGCGCUUCCCACCUAGGCCUGCCUGACACACCUUAAAUCGGUUUUAAAGUGAGUGGAGCCCGAGAACGCGGUGAGAUGUCGAGUCCUUCCCGAGCCUGGAGCUCGGCUCCUCUGUCCCACCCGGUCGCCCCGCCGGGAGCAGGGGUGCAGGGCGGCCCCCUCCCCAGCCGGCCGGAGCCGGAGGCGCUGAGUGCCGGGGAGACCGCAGCCCGCAGCCCGCAGGACUGUUGGACUUUUGUAAAGUCAGUGUCACCAUCACCCUGUCUUCUGAAGGAGGCUGUUAACACGGAGCUUUUAGAGAGUUUAUUUUCACAGUUGAUCUGUUGAUGGCUCUCAACUUCCUGAUGGAAACUAGAGGUGGUGAGCCCUCCCUUCCUCCGCCACCCCCCGUCCGAGCAGAUGCACUUGUCCUGGGGGAGGGUGACCGGAGUGCCCUGGCCUCGUCCCCCUCCAGCCUGCUGCCCUGGUGGGAGCCACUUCUUCCUCGGAGGGAGGUACUGCGUGCGCGCUUGGCCGCUGGCCUGGCCGGGCUGGAAGCCGCUGGGCUGCUGGGCAGAGGUGGGGGGGGGGGUACUGGGACGCCCUCCCGGCUCCCGCCGGAGCCCCGCACUCCGCCAGGCCAUUCCACCAUCACCCUGCCUGCAUCGGACUUUCGUCUUAAACGUUCAACUUGGGUUUUUUAAGUCACAUUCCCCUCAUCUUUUUUAGCAAGGGAAAGAAAAAUAAUGGGUGUUAUCUCUGAUAAUACUGUAACCAGCGUUCAGAAUAGAGGCAGGUUGAAUUUUCUAGGGGAAAAAAAUGGAAGAGGCAUGGAAAACAUUAUAAACUAAACUGGAAAAAUGCAUUGGCCCUAAGUAUGCAUUCUGGGGAGACCUAUGGAAAUGGCAUAUACCCUUCAUAAUGACACUACUGAAUUGUGCAUGGUGACCUUGGUGAAGGGACCAAGGUCACAGGGAAGCGAAUCACAGUUCCGGGCUUGCUCAUGAGUGGUAGUGAAUGCACACAAGUCCUCAUGAGGUUGAAAGACAGCUUUGAAGUGCUUUCUCAGAAGAGAGCUUCCCUCUGCCACAAAGCACGUCCCCCGCUUCCCUUGGAGCCGGAACCGAGCAGGGGAGCUGCUUCCACUGCGGUGAGCGGCACCUUAGAUCUUAUUUUUCUUCACACGGUAUGCUGCUCAUCUGUCUCUGUGUGUCUGUGUCAUUUGCUAAUUCACUAAUCCCUAAAAAUCUUAAAGGAAAAAGUUGAAGGGUACUACUGUGAAGAUAUACUACCUGGAAAAUGCGAAUUUAGAUCUUUUACCAUUUAAUUAAUAGUUCUUGCUUCCCAGCUAAGUUCCCUCCCCUUGAAAUUAAUACACAAUGUGUAAAUUCUAUACUGAGUCAGUGACCAGCUGUGAAGACUCCUAGAUGAAUGGAGAUUGAGACCACAUGUAGGUUUUAAAUCUCAGUGACUUCCUUCUGAUUUAACAAAGAUUAGUUUGUGCAUUUGAAUACCAAGCCCUCUGAGAGCAAUAAAAACUACACCAUGAA